UGCUGAUAAACCUCAUCAAGGGGAAUCUGCUUCCCUCUGCUCUCCUCUGGAUAACCUCUCGACCAGGAGCAGCCAAUCAGAUCCCUCCUGAGUGGGUAGACCAGGUAACAGAGGUACGAGGCUUCAGUGAUCCUCAGAAAGAGGAGUACUUCAGGAAGAGGAUCAGUGAUCAGAGCCUGGCCAAUAAAAUCAUCACACACAUGAAGUCUUCAAGAAGCCUCUACAUCAUGUGCCACAUCCCAGUCUUCUGCUGGAUUUCAGCCACUGUUCUAGAGAGAAUGUUGGGUGAAGCAGAGAGUGGAGAGAUCCCCAAGACUCUGACUCAAAUGUUCACACACUUCCUGAUCUUUCAGAUCAAACACAAGGACCAAAAGUACCAUCAGAAAUGUGACCCUGAUCCUCAGCAGACCAGAGAGAGUAUCCUGGCACUGGGAAAACUGGCUUUUGAACAGCUGGAGAAAGGAAACCUGAUCUUCUAUGAGGAAGACCUGAGAGAGUGUGGCAUUGAUGUCAGAGAAGUGUCAGUGUACUCAGGAGUUUGUACCCAAAUCUUCAGAGACGAGUUUGGGCUUCACCUGGGAAAGGUGUUCAGCUUUGUACAUCUGAGUGUUCAGGAGUUUAUGGCUGCUUUAUAUGUAUUUUUGUCUUUCAUCUUUAAAAAAAGCAAUGUGUUAAUGGAGCAAAGCCCUAGCAUUCUGCAUCUCUACAAAAAGUCAAACAUGUCUGAUUUCCUCAGGAGUGCAGUGGACAAAGCCUUACAGAGUGAGAAUGGACACCUGGACCUGUUCCUCCGCUUCCUUCUGGGUCUCUCCCUGGAGUCCAAUCAGACUCUCUUACAAGGCUUAAUGCCACAGACAGGAAGCAGCUCUCACAGCAAACAGGAAACAGUCAAGUACAUCAAGGAGAAGAUCAGGGAGAAUCCAUCUCCAGAGAAAUCCAUCAAUCUGUUCCACUGUCUGAAUGAACUGAAUGAUCAUUCUCUAGUGCAGGAAAUACAAACUUACCUCAACAGAGGAGAUGACCGUUGCCUCUAUGGGGCCAGACUCUCUCCUGCUCAGUGGUCAGCUCUGGUGUUUGUGUUACUGAACUCAGAACAGGAGCUGGAUGUGUUUGAUUUGAGAAAAUAUGACCGAUCAGAGGAAUGUCUUCUGAGGCUGCUGCCAGUGGUCAAAGCCACCAGAAAAGCUGAGCUGCGUGUGUGUAAUCUGACAGAGGAAAGCUGUAGAGUUCUGUCCUCAGUUCUCAGCUCAAACUCCUCCAGUCUGAGAGAACUGGACCUGAGUGGAAAUGAACUGCAGGAUUCAGGAGUGAAGCUGCUCUCUGCUGGACUGGAGAAUCCACACUGUACACUGGAGAUACUGGGCCUGCGUGAGUGUAAUCUGACAGAGGAAAGCUGUAGAGUUCUGUCCUCAGUUCUCAGCUCAAACUCCUCCAGUCUGAGAGAACUGGACCUGACUAACAAUAAACUGCAGGAUUCAGGAGUGAAGCUGCUCUCUGCUGGACUGGAGCAUCCACACUGUACACUGGAGAUACUGAGGCUGUGGAAGUGUAAUCUGACAGAAGAAAGCUGUAGAGUUCUGUCCUCAGUUCUCAGCUCAAACUCCUCCAGUCUGAGAGAACUGGACCUGAGUGUCAAUAAACUGCAGGAUUCAGGAGUGAAGCUGCUCUCUGCUGGACUGGAGAAUCCACACUGUACACUGGAGACACUGGAGAUGCGUUACUGCCGUAUUAGAGAUGAGGGGUGUGCUGCUCUGGCUUCAGCUCUGAGGUCAAACUUCUCAUCACACCUGAGAGAACUGGAUCUGAACGGUAAUAAUCCAGGAGAAUCAGGAGUGAAGCUGCUCUCUGAUCUACUGAAGGAUCCACACUGUAAACUGGAGACACUACACAUUAAGGAUUGUAAACUCACCAGGACUGGCGUAUGACAGGAGUCUCACCUCAAACCUCUUUUCCAGGAUAAAGCAGUUUUGGUGAAGCGUUAGAACCCGUCCCACAUUUCCAGCAGUUUGGGAGCUGAAUCAUUCAUAUUCAGAUGUAGAAGUUCCAUAACAAUAACCGUGACUGAUCACAUCCUUUUAUCCACUCAGCUACAAGUUACUUCAAGCUUUAAUAACAUAUUUUACAGUCCAAAAUCAAAUCCUUCAGCAUCUACACACAACACAGAGAUAUCAUCACAUCAUCACACUGAUUACACAAAUACACACUCACAUUUUUUAUCUACUUAUUCAGAGUGUGUUUCUGCUCAACAGUUUUAUUCAGUUUGUUGUACCAUGACAGUGAAACAUUUGCUUCUCCACAGAUGAUUGAUUCACAGUUGUAAUAUUGAUUAAAUUUUUUUUUUUUAUUCAAAUAAUUGUUCCUUGUUUGCUAAUUUGUUUUGAUAGUAAUCAUGAUAUUUUGAUUAUUUAAGGUAUUUAGAUUUUUAAACUAAAAAACAGUAACUGAAACUUAACUACAUGCACUGUAUAUAUUCCUGUUAUUUAAUAGUUUUGUAUAUAUGUUGUGUGUAUGUCAUUUACACUAUGUGUAGUACAAAAUAAACAGUGACUGUGACUGAAACACAACAGUUCAGGUGUGUGUGGACUGUACUGUAAUUACUCUUAGCAUCGACCACUACCAGGACUAACACGUGUUCCACCACACUGAGAAACUUCAAUGUUGUGUCACGAUUCAUGAACUCUGAGCUGGACUUUCUGACUGUUCAAGAGGAAUCUUAUCGUAACCAUGGUGACAGUGAGAGUCUCAGCUGUUCAGAGUGAACACACCCCCCCAUAUGCCCCACUGCCUGCAUUAAUUAUUACUAUAGAGCAGUGUGUGAUGCUGUGAGUGUGCUGGUGGUGGCUGAUGUCCAGUA